AUGUCGAAGUCGGUGAAGAGAAAGGUGGCUUCCCCAAAUCAGCAACCACGAAAGAAACAGAAGCCUGUGCAAUCCACGGCAAGCCCCGAGGUAGGACAUGCAAUUCUUCGCCACGAUGCGUUGAAAUGGAAGCCAGUCCCUUUGCCAGAGCGGCUCGAGGAUGCAGAGGGCCUUUACGGACUUGAGGAGAUUGAAGAUGUCGAAGUCGUCCGAGAUGAGGCGAGUCACCAAGUGUCGUUCCGGCCACGAUCAGCUGGAGCGGUAGAUGAGGAGCAUAUUGGCAAGUCUGAGGGUGACGACUGGCAAGGAUUCGACGACGAAGUUGAGCAGACCAAGAGCAGGAAGGAGUUUCCUCGUCCAGCACCUGGACUCGCGCAGCCGAUACCAGCAGCUGGGGCAAGACCUAAUUCCAAAUCCCAGCGAAAGGACGAAAUUGAUGCUCACCUGGGAUUUAAUAUUCUUCCCGAUUCCACGGAUGAUCCCAAAACAGACGUAUCGGCAUGGAAAGGUCUCGAAUUGUCUCCUGUGACAUUGUCACAGCUUGCUAAGGUGGGCUUUUCGAAGCCUACACCAAUUCAAGAGGCUGCGAUACCUGCCAUUCUGCAGGGCCACGAUGUGAUUGGGAAGGCUGUGACGGGUUCAGGCAAAACGUUGGCUUUUGGAUUACCCAUAUUCGAAACCUGGCUGGCCAUGGAGGAUCUGUCGUUGAAUGGCCCGGCAACGACCAAAAGUUCUAUCCUGGCGCUCAUCUUGGCGCCAACAAGGGAGCUCGCAUUGCAGCUGAACAGACAUCUUAAUGAGCUGUGUAUUGGACUUGAGAGUUACCCUAGGAUCUGCGCCGUGACUGGUGGAUUGUCCGUAUACAAACAACAGCGGCAGUUGACAUCGGCAGACAUCGUGGUUGCGACCCCUGGCCGACUAUGGGAAGUGAUGAACGAGACAUCUACCAAUCAUGACACAGUUGCCGUGGUAGAUCGGCUCAAGAAGAUCAAAUUCUUGGUUGUUGACGAGGCUGAUCGUCUGCUCAGUGAGGGUCACUUCAAGGAAGUGGAAAACAUCCUAGAUGCAUUGGACAGAGAGGUCAUCGAGGAAGACGGCGGAACAAAAGAUUCAAAGGACCCAGCGAAAUCUGAGCGCCAAACGCUUGUCUUCUCAGCAACUUUUCACAAAGGUUUGCAGCGAAAACUUACCACCAAAAUCCGACCAGGCGCGCGAAAGGGAAGUGAACUCCUUGAUAACCACCAGUCCAUGGAAUAUCUCCUCAAAAAGCUCUCAUUCCGCGAAGCUAAACCGACUUUUAUCGAUGUCAAUCCAGCUUCCCAAAUGGCUUCUGCAUUGUCCGAGUCUAUCGUGGAAUGUCCUGCAAUGAAGAAGGAUCUCUACCUUUAUGCUUUGCUUUUACAGAAUCCUAAUGCGAAGGCGCUUGUUUUUACAAACAGCAUCUCUGCUGUCAGGAGAUUGACCUCUUUGUUGCAGAGCCUCAAACAGCCAGCAACCGGAUUACACUCUACCAUGCCUCAGAAAUCUCGCCUACGCUCGUUGGAAAAAUUCUCAUCUCAGCGGACAGUGCUGGUUGCUACAGACGUUGCUGCCCGGGGUCUGGAUAUCAAGAGCAUUGACUUGAUCAUUCACUACCAUGUUCCCCGGACUGCGGACACUUACGUGCAUCGGUCUGGGAGGACUGCUCGAGCCGAAACCUCGGGCCGGUCGAUCAUGCUCUGUUCUCCCGACGAGGUGGCAGGCGUAACGAGACUGAUUCUCGAAGUGCACAAGGCAGAUAAAGCGCCGGAAACGAUGGAGGUAGAUGGUCGGCUCCUGAAAAGGCUUGAAAGCCGUGUGAGUCUGGCUCAGAAGAUUACUGGUGCAACCCAGGCCAAGGAGAAAGCAGCGAGCAAGGACGAUUGGCUGAAGUCCGCAGCAGAGGAACUUGGCGUGGACUAUGAUAGCGAAGAGUUCGAAAAUCUGGGAAAUAAAAACAAACGAGGCCGAGGUGGUGGGAAAGCAGCCAAAGAGAAGGUAAAAGGUGCCGUGGGGAAGGAACAGAUCGCUCAGUGGCGAGCUGAACUGGCGGCCAUGUUGGAUAAGAGGGUCAAUCUGGGAGUGAGUGAACGAUAUCUGGCCGGUGGAGCGGUUGAUAUGGAGGCAUUGCUGAAUGGCAAGAUGGACGGUGCGUUCCUCGAAGGUCGGUGA